AUGGGGCUGCCGACCCUGGAGUUCAGCGACUCCUACUUGGACAGCCCUGAUUUCAGGGAGCGCCUGCAGUGUCACGAGAUUGAGCUGGAGCGAACCAACAAGUUCAUCAAGGAGCUUAUUAAGGACGGCUCCCUGCUCAUCGGGGCGCUGAGGAAUCUGUCUAUGGCAGUACAGAAAUUUUCCCAGUCGCUGCAGGAUUUCCAGUUUGAAUGUAUCGGUGAUGCUGAAACAGAUGAUGAAAUUAGUAUUGCUCAGUCACUAAAAGAAUUCGCAAGACUACUUAUCGCAGUAGAAGAAGAAAGGAGAAGACUGAUUCAAAAUGCUAAUGAUGUAUUAAUUGCACCACUUGAGAAAUUUCGCAAAGAACAAAUAGGUGCAGCAAAAGAUGGAAAGAAGAAAUUUGACAAAGAGAGUGAAAAAUACUAUUCCAUUCUUGACAAACAUUUAAAUUUGUCUGCAAAGAAAAAGGAAUCUCAUUUGCAAGAGGCAGAUAUACAGAUUGACCGAGAACAUCAGAACUUCUAUGAGGCAUCAUUAGAAUAUGUCUUUAAAAUUCAAGAAGUUCAGGAAAAAAAGAAGUUUGAAUUUGUUGAACCGCUUUUAUCAUUCCUUCAGGGUUUAUUUACUUUUUACCACGAGGGAUAUGAACUCGCCCAGGAAUUUGCACCAUAUAAACAACAGCUGCAGUUCAACUUGCAGAAUACGAGGAAUAAUUUUGAAAGUACUCGACAAGAGGUAGAGCGAUUGAUGCAGAGGAUGAAAUCUGCCAAUCAAGAUUACAGGCCACCCAGCCAGUGGACAAUGGAAGGCUACUUGUAUGUCCAGGAGAAACGACCUCUUGGUUUUACAUGGAUUAAACAUUAUUGUACGUAUGAUAAAGGAAGUAAAACUUUUACAAUGAGUGUUUCAGAAGUGAAAUCCAGUGGGAAAAUGAAUGGCCUUGUUACUAGUUCACCAGAAAUGUUUAAAUUAAAAUCUUGUAUCCGACGAAAGACAGAUUCAAUUGAUAAACGAUUCUGCUUUGACAUAGAAGUGGUCGAAAGGCAUGGGAUCAUCACAUUGCAAGCCUUUUCAGAAGCUAAUCGAAAACUUUGGCUUGAAGCCAUGGAUGGGAAGGAACCGAUUUAUACCCUGCCUGCGAUUAUCAGCAAGAAAGAAGAAAUGUACUUAAAUGAAGCAGGCUUCAACUUCGUGAGAAAAUGCAUCCAAGCUGUGGAAACGCGAGGCAUCACCAUUUUAGGUCUCUACCGAAUAGGAGGAGUGAAUUCCAAAGUGCAGAAACUCAUGAAUACCACAUUUUCUCCCAAAUCCCCCCCUGACAUGGACAUUGAUAUUGAACUGUGGGACAAUAAGACAAUAACAAGUGGACUGAAAAACUACCUCAGGUGCCUUGCAGAACCACUGAUGACUUACAAAUUACACAAAGAUUUUAUUGUUGCUGUUAAGUCUGAUGACCAAAACUACCGGGUGGAGGCUGUACAUGCACUGGUGCACAAGCUGCCCGAGAAAAACAGAGAGAUGCUGGACAUCUUGAUAAAGCACCUGGUCAAAGUGUCCCUACAUAGUCAACAAAAUCUCAUGACAGUCUCAAACCUUGGUGUUAUAUUUGGUCCAACUCUAAUGAGAGCACAGGAAGAAACUGUGGCUGCCAUGAUGAAUAUUAAGUUUCAGAACAUUGUGGUCGAAAUUCUGAUAGAGCACUAUGAAAAGAUUUUUCACACUGCCCCAGACCCCAGCAUCCCUCUUCCUCAGCCUCAGUCUCGAUCCGGAUCCCGGAGGACGCGUGCAAUCUGCCUUUCCUCUGGCUCCCGGAAGCCCAGAGGGAGGUAUACUCCAUGUUUGGCAGAACCCGACAGCGAUUCCUACAGCAGCAGCCCUGACAGCACGCCCAUGGGGAGCAUCGAGUCCCUCUCCUCUCACUCCUCCGAGCAGAAUAGCACCACGAAGCCUGCCUCCUGCCAGCCCAGGGAGAAGUCCACCGGGAUCCCUUGGAUUGCGUCCCCAUCGCCCAGCAACGGACAGAAGAGUCUCGGUCUCUGGACCACGAGUCCCGAGUCAAGUUCUCGAGAAGAUGCAACCAAAACGGACGCGGAAUCAGACUGCCAGAGCGUCACCUCCAUCACCAGUCCCGGGGACUCGUCCCCGCCCAUUGACCUGGCCAAGAAGGGGCCCUAUGGGCUCUCGGGAAUGAAAAGAGCCUCGGCUUCCUCCCUCAGAUCCGUCUCUGCAGCCGAAGGAAACAAGAGCUACAGUGGAUCCAUUCAAAGCUUAACUUCCAUAGGUUCCAAAGAGACACCCAAAGCCACGCCAAACCCAGAUCUGCCUCCAAAAAUGUGCAGGAGGUUAAGGCUGGACACCACCUCCAGCAACGGCUACCAGCGCCCCGGCUCUGUUGUGGCAGCAAAGGCGCAACUGUUUGAAAACGCUGGUUCAGUUAAGCCAGUUUCUUCUGGGCGCCAAGCCAAAGCCAUGUACUCCUGUAAAGCAGAGCACAGCCAUGAGCUUUCCUUCCCACAGGGGGCGCUAUUCUCCAACGUGUACCCAUCAGUGGAACCAGGAUGGUUGAAGGCAACUUAUGAAGGCAAAACAGGACUCGUCCCAGAAAAUUAUGUUGUCUUCCUCUAA